GCCGCGCCGGGCCGUCGGGGAACCGCCCGGGAGCCGCCGGAGGAUGUAGGAGGCGGGAGCGGGAGCUCUCUGCCCCAGGGAUUCCCAGUGUGGAGGAGCUGCUGCUGGCGGGGCCAUGAGGACAGCAUCCCCCUGAGCGCUGGGCGAUGAGCCCGCAGGGGCAUCCCUGCAAGAUGCCGAGGCUAUGGGGUGGGUGCUGAAAUGAUGAAGGGCUACCAUGGGGAGUGUAGCCAGACACAGCCCUCCUCCGGCCACCGCUGCCGCUGCAUCCCAGAGGACUGCGAGCAUCCUGCUGACUACAUCCCGCACGGCCCCGAGGCCCGGCCGCCGUACCUGCUCAGCCCCAGCGAGCCGUGUUCCCUGGAGCAUCCCUACUGCCCAGCGCGGAGCCCCGGCGCGGCCAGCGAGUGCCCGGGCGGGCCCCUGAGCGAGCCGCCCUCCGCCAGCGCCAGCAGCACCUUCCCGAGGAUGCAUCACGCGCAGCAGCCCUACGACUCCUGCGACGAAUGCAUGGCGACCGCCCACCCUGCCAGCAAGAUCAACCGCCUGCCCCCCACGCUGCUGGACCAGUUCGAGAAGCAGCUGCCGCUGCACCACGACGGCUUCCACACGCUGCAGUACCCCCGGGCCGGCGGCGCCGAGCCCCGCAGCGAGAGCCCCAGCCGCAUCCGCCACCUCGUCCACUCCGUCCAGAAGCUCUUCGCCAAGUCCCACUCCCUGGAGGCGCCGGCCAAGCGGGACUACAACGGCGCCAAGAUGGACGGCCGCGGGGACGGCUACCACCACCACCACCACCACCACCAUCACCACCACCACCACCAGUCCCGCCACGGCAAGCGCAGCAAGAGCAAGGACCGUAAGGUGGACUCCCGCCACCGGUCCAAGAUGUUGGGCUGGUGGAGCUCCGACGACAACCUGGACAGCGACAGCAGCUACAUGGUGUCCGGCCGGCACGCCGCCGACCAGGGCACCCAGUACUGCGUGGACGCUCCCGAAAGUGCCUUCAGAGACUUGACCUUGAAGAGUCUAAAGGGCGGCGGGGAAGGAAAAUGCCUGGCCUGUGCCGGCAUGUCCAUGUCUCUGGAUGGCCAGACGCUCAAGAGGAGUGCCUGGCACACCAUGACCGUCAGCCAGGCCCGUGAAGCCUACCCCAGCGCCGGCGGCACCGAGAAGACCUUGAUGCUUCAAGAAGCAAAGGCCAAAGACCGAGCGUACCAGUACCUGCAGGUGCCGCAGGACGAGUGGAGCGGGUACCCGGCGGGCAAGGACGGGGAGAUCCCGUGCCGGCGGAUGCGCAGCGGCAGCUACAUCAAGGCCAUGGGCGACGAGGACAGCGCCGACUCGGACAUCAGCGCCAAAGUGCUGCCCAGGGCGGCCACGCGGCGAGACAGCUACCGCCGCUCCUCCAGCGCCGACCAGGCCAGGACCAAGUUUGCAAGUAGGCACUAUUCUGAUUCAUAUAUCUGUAACUGUCCCAGCUGCUGCACGCCACCGCGAAUGCUCCCGCGGGGACAGAGCUACGGGCGCUCCUUCACCACCGGCCAGAUCAAUGACGAGCUCAACCACCAGUUUGAGGCCGUUUGCGAGUCGGUUUUUGGCGAGGUGGAGUCGCAGGCCGUGGAGGCGCUGGACCUGCCCGGCUGCUUCCGCAUGCGGAGCCACAGCUACCUGCGGGCCAUCCAGGCGGGCUGCUCCCAGGACGAUGACUGUCUCUCACUCUUCUCCAUGUCGGCCCCUCCUGGGCCACCCAUCACCAGCAGCAUCCUGAAGCCCAGCACUUCCUUCAGUUACAGAAAAGCUCCACCUCCCAUCCCUCCAGGAACCAAAGCCAAACCUCUCAUCUCUGUCACGGCGCAGAGCAGCACCGAGUCCACCCACGAGAGCUACCUGCCCAGCGAGGUCGGCCGCAGCCCCGCCUGGUCCAAAGACGCCACGGCCCGCUGCAACUCGGCUGAGAGCCUGGAGAGCUCCAAGGUGACGGCUGUGGCCCUCGACCUGCCCCCAGUCCAGCCCCGUGCUGCUCCCAAGCCCUCCACACUCAUCAUCAAGGCCAUCCCAGGCCGGGAGGAACUGCGGAGCUUGGCUCGGCAGCGCAAGUGGCGUCCUUCCAUCGGCGUCCAGGUUGAGGCCGUGUCUGACUCGGAUACGGAGAGCCGGAGCCAGAGGGAGUUCCACUCCAUCGGGGUGCAGGUGGAGGAGGACAAAAGGCGAGCGCGCUUCAAGCGCUCCAACAGCGUGACAGCAGGCGUGCAGGCGGACCUGGAGCUCGAGGGCUUCACCGGCCUGGCCGUGGCCACCGAGGACAAAGCCCUGCAGUUCGGGCGGCCCUUCCAGCGGCACUCCUCGGAGCCCGAGUCGGGCCGGCAGUACGCCGUGUACAAGACGGUGCACACGCAGGGGCAGUGGGCGUACCGCGAGGAUUACCAGCUGCAGUACGACACGGUGGAGGUGCCCCGGCGGGAUGCCUGGAUAGAGAGGGGCUCCCGCAGCCUCCCCGACUCCGGCCGCGCCUCCCCGUGCCACCGCGACGGCGAGUGGUUCAUCAAACUGCUGCAGGCAGAGGUGGAGAAGAUGGAGGGCUGGUGCCAGCAGAUGGAGAGGGAGGCGGAGGACUAUGACCUGCCCGAGGAGAUCCUGGAGAAGAUCCGGAGCGCGGUGGGCAGUGCCCAGCUCCUCAUGUCCCAGAAGGUGCAGCAGUUCUACCGCCUCUGCCAGCAGAACAUGGAUCCCAACGCAUUCCCCGUGCCCACUUUCCAAGAUCUGGCUGGCUUCUGGGACCUCCUGCAGCUCUCCAUUGAGGAUGUCAGCAUGAAGUUUGGGGAGCUCCAGCAGCUCAAGGCCAAUGGGUGGAAGAUCAUGGAGCCCAAGGAGGAGAAGAAGGUGCCUCCCCCGAUACCAAAGAAGCCGCCGCGCUCCAAGGUGCACCCGGUGAAGGAGCGCUCCCUGGACUCGGUGGACCGGCAGCGGCAGGAGGCCCGCAAGCGGCUCCUGGCAGCCAAGCGAGCCGCGUCCUUCCGCCAGAGCUCGGCCACUGAGAGCGCGGACAGCAUCGAGAUCUACAUCCCCGAGGCGCAGACCCGGCUGUGACCGCAGCCUCCGCUUUUCUACCCGGACUGGACGGCGCGGCCGUAGCUCACUGUGAUGGGGGGCCGCGGGGACACCCUGGGGCAGCUCUUGGCCCCACUCACAGCUUCUCUCUUUUCUAUCUUAGCCCUUUCGUGGAUCCGACGGCGGGUGAACGCAAAGCCCGGUUCUGCCCCGUCCCUUUACCCCCCCUCUCCCGCCCGCAUGCCCCUGCCAGCCUCUCCUGGGGUCCGGGGCUCUCCCUCCCUCUGCCCUCCCUGGGGCUGUGUCCCAGCUUUCUGUCCCUGUCCCACUCCCCAGCCCUUCUGCACACCCGCCCCUGCAUCCCAACCCAAAGAGAGGUGACCUCCAGCACCCGGCCCCGCCGGGCUGGAGGGGAGGGGGCUGCAGGCAGGCCCCCCCGCCUCUCUGUACUCAGUGCAAUCCCCUGGUGUGUGGCGGGGACGGGCCCCCAGCCCCUGCCCAGCCACCGCUCCCCAGCCCUGCCCUGCCGGCACGAGGCUUUGGGACGUGGUGGGGACAAAGGGGUCCCCUCGCUGCUCUCCCCGCCUGCGGCUCAGGUGCCGUGGGGACCCAGGGCUCCCUCCCCUAUAUACAUA